GUAGAGAGUUGUAGACGACAUGAGUUAUUAAAAGUAAAAGUAGAAGUAAAAGUAAAAGAAAAUUUUCUAUCAAAAAAAAGAAAAAGAAAAAGAGUUUGGAAAAUUUGAAAUUGUCACUGCAAUUAAUAAUAAUUGUGAUACAUUUUAAAUAUUCAUCACAUAUUGUCACUACUUCUAUUAAUGGUAGCUGAAAAUAAGAGCUUAGUCACCAACAAAUUAGUCACUGAUCAUAUGGCUUUUUUGUAAUGAAUGCACGUAAAGCAGAGGGAUAGAAAAAGAAAAAGGAUUUUGUUCAUCGAUUCGCAAAUGCCAUUGGAAGAACAAGUUAUCUGCUAUUUCGAGACAAAGAAAGCUAACGAGGCAGCCAACUGGAUCGCUAGCUCCAAGCGUAAAGGACGUGCACAGAGGACUGGCCUCCUGAUGUGGCACAUAGCCACUGAAAUACGCUACCGAAAAGGAGGUCCAGAUAACAGCCACAGUACUUCCACCUCUACAUCUAGGAGUUUUGGUCACUGUGAAAUAUGCAAGUUGCUUUUGAAGAUAGAAUGGUAUGACGUGUUAGAGCAGAAGGAACCCACUGAUCAGAAGAAAGAGCUGAAGGAACUAGGCGUGUUAGAGCAGAAGGAACUCGCUGAUAAGAAAAAAGAGCUAAUGGAACCGGCUGAUAAGAAAAAAGAGCUGAAGGAACCAGCUCAAGAGUUAGAGCGGAAGGAACCCACCGAUCAGAAAAAGGAGCUGAAGGAAGCAGCUCAUGAGUUAGAGUGGAAGGAACCUGCUGAGCAGAAAAAACAAGCAGAAGGAACCAGCUCACGAGUUGUAGAUCACCUCAGCCACUUCAUGAAAUCAUUUGUUAAGUUUAAUUUUGGAGUGUUCUCUCUCUGUUAAUUUAUCUUUCAUUUUGACUUCUUGCUUUGGAAAUAUCUUGUUAAUUUAUUAGUGCAUUGUAUUAUAUAUGGUUGUGUUGUGUUGCUAUUUCGAAACAUGUAUUCGAAUUCAAGACAAUAAUAUAUCAUCAUGUGUGAAUUCAGCACUGGGUCAGCAUGCAACUUCCUCUUUGGUAGUAGCAGUACGCAAACUUUUUUCCUUAAUUCAUUCUUCUGCUUCUGCCAGUUGGAAUUUUUUAGGAGGGAGAGAACUACAGUGCCGAAAUUUGAAUUCAAAAAGGUUGAGACCGGUUGAUCGAUUUCGAGGAAAAAGGUACAGUACUAAAUGUUUUUAAUUUUU